AUGGAUCCAGAGAAGCUCGAGCCUGGGAAUGCCACAGAUUCUGAAUCCUCAGUCACAUCUUUUGAUGUCGAUUCUGUCACCUCAGAGCAAUCAUCUGCUUAUUCUUCAUCAAGAACUCCCAGCAGCAUAAUGGAAUUUGAAUCGAUCGAUUCCAGAAGAGCAAAGCAGAAACAACAGUCCACCGUUUCUGAUGAUGCAGCAACAACUUCAUCGCCAAAUUACAUGAAGACCACCACUUCCUAUGUAGCAAAGAAGAGCAGCAGCAGUAAUUCCCAGAGAUCAGGAGGUGGAAGUGUUACCAGGAGAGGUAGUUUCACAAAGCCUGCAAAGGGUUUGGCAAAAAUAAUUAUUGGUCGAGUUGAGAAUGGGAAUGGUUGUCAAUUUGAUACUGCAAGUGUUUGUUAA